AUGGAUGACAUUGCAGACAAGUUAGGUUGCUUAUCCAAGCUUGAACAAGCUGGUCUUGAUUCGGCUUACGAUGUCGUUGCACGAUCCACCACCGACUUGCAUUCAGUUCUACGCAACGCCAACCAUGUCAAUGCGAUCGUCGAUGCUGCUUCCAAAGAAGUGUAUCCUUGGCGAUCACGGAUAAGGACAGCCGAGUCACUUCCCACCGAGAGUGUGAGCACCGGAGACGCAACCAUUGAUCGUAUCUUGGGUGGAUGUGGAAUACCACUUGGUUCAUUAACAGAGAUAGUGGGUGAAAGUGCAUCAGGCAAAACCCAGCUUGCAUUACAAUUAUGUCUCGCCGUACAAGAUCCUAAUCAAUUACAUGGUGAGGCCGUGUAUCUUCAUAGCGAAGGCCGAUUCCCAAGUACACGUCUCGAUCAAUUGGCAUCCUCUUUUGCACAACGCUACGACAUUUUGCCUGAACAACUUGAAAAAGCCAUCCAUACCAUGCGACUCACGGAUCGUGAAAACCAAUAUCAAGCGCUCGUCUAUCAACUCCCGGCUUUAUUAGCACGUCGAAGGAACAAGGUGCGUGUGGUGGUGAUCGACUCUAUCAGUGCUAUCUAUCGUGGAGAGCAAGAAAAGAAUCAAUUCGAGAGAAUGGCCGAAGUGUGCGAUCUUGGAUUACGUCUCAAGCGUAUCGCUAGUCAAUAUCAAGUCGCCAUCGUUGCUAUCAACCAAGUAUCAGACGUAUUCACUCAAAACAAGGAUAAAUCAUCAGCAUUACCACCUGAGCUUGUGGAUCAGUGGAUUGACUUUCGGCUUGAAUCAGCAUCCUCUUUAUCGCCAGCAGUACCACUCGCCAUGUUUUGGCAAUCCCUCACUAAAAAGCCUGUACUCGGCAUGUCUUGGUCCAAUGCAGUAUCCACUCGAAUACGACUCGCAAGAUCCGCCAUUUCAAGUAAUGGGUCAACACGACGCGCGCUGUUUAUUGAGUUCUCACCGAUAGCACCACGAUCAGGGUGUGAGAUUAUCAUUGAUAUGGAUGGCGUCAAGGCAAAGGAGUGGCAAUGA